ACGGCUUCUGUUGGUUACAGUUUAAUUGAUUUGGACAGGUCACGUGGUCGGAAAUCAGCGACUGCAGGCUGGAGUUUGUCCGGAAGAUUCACAGGAGGGAGAUUUCUCCGAGCAGAGAACAUGGAUUUUAUGACAGAUCGGGAUGUGCAAAAGUACCUGGAGGAGGGGUACGUGGUUCUGGACGGGCUGCUGACCCCCCAGGAGUGUGAUGAGCUGAGGCAGAGGAUGGGGGACAUGGUGGAGGAGAUGGACGUCCCCCAGCACUGCCGCACCACCUUCUCCACCAACCACGACGAGCAGCUCAAAACUCAGGGAAACGCAGACUAUUUCAUCACCAGUGGAGACAAGAUCCGCUUUUUCUUUGAGAAAGGAGUUUUUGACGACAAAGGGGAUUUCAUCGUACCAAAACAGAGGUCCCUAAAUAAAGUCGGACAUGCACUGCAUGCCUAUGAGCCGUUGUACAAAAAGGUGACACAUUCCCCCAAAGUCCAGGGCUUAGCGAAGAAGCUGGGCCUCAUCAGUCCUGUGAUACUGCAGAGCAUGUUCAUCUUUAAGCAACCAGGGAUUGGUGGAGAAGUGACGCCACAUCAAGAUGCUACCUUUCUGUACACGGAGCCUCUGGGCAGAGUGAUGGGUCUGUGGAUCGCUCUGGAAGACGCCACCGAGAACAACGGCUGCCUGUGGUUCAUCCCGCGCUCUCACAACAGUGGUAUAUCUCGGCGUAUGGUGCGUACCCCUAAAGGCACGUAUCCCAUGACUGACUUCACCGGGCGAGAGCAGACCUACAAUGAACAGAAGUUUCUCGUUGCUCCUGUUAAGAAAGGAAGUGUGGUCCUGAUCGACGGGGAGGUGGUGCACCGCAGCUCUGAGAACACCUCGGAGGAUUCCCGCCACGUCUACACCUUCCACAUCAUGGAGAGCCAGGACACCCGCUGGAGCCCCGAGAACUGGCUGCAGCCCACUGAAGAGCUCCCGUUCCCGCAGCUCUACACUAAAUGAUGACAUGUUGGGCUGCAGUUCAUGGACAGACCUGAAGGAGGCACCAACACGUAUGAACUCUCUGAACCACAGAUAAGAGCCAUUUCUCUGAAGCUACAGUACAUGAAGGCUGCUUUCAGGCAAAGUCACAACUGAAUCAAUUGUGACUCACAACAUCUUUUUAAAUAGGACGUUUUUGUACAAAUGAAUUUGAGAUAACAGCUGACAUUUAGGUCUACUUUAUUUCAGCAAAUCAAACAGUCAAAUGUGUGUCAAAACAAGACGGUAGAUUCAUUUUUAUUUUAUUUUGCAGACAACAGUAAGCAUUACUAUUUUCAAGUAUGUUCAUGUUAAGAUGAAAUGAAAAAAAUAAAUGUAUUUUUGACUGGAUUAUUAAUCACAA